AUGUUGUUCAUGCAGAACUCUCCAUUUCUGACGCACCCACAUUUCACCGGGUCGGGGCCGGAUCUGGAGGCCUGCUCCGGACCCUCCUCGGAUCUUUCCAUCUCCACUCUGGCCGAUAUCACCGCAACCGCGACGGCGCAUCGCAGUCUCCCUCGAGCCAGCACCUCCAGCACCAGCGCCAGCGGAAGCCCCGAUGACACCUCCAGCGAGUCGCCCGACUGGCCAGGCGACUCUGUCGACCGGACCCUGAACGACUGCGAUGCACCCUAUUCACAUUAUCGACUGUCGCACCGACCGGACUCCUCCUCCUACUCCUCGACCUGGGUGGGCGCCGCACCCCCCUUCGACUCGGAUGAUCUGCCCAAAAUCGAGGAACUGGAUGAGCACGAAGGCGACAUCCAAAGGAUCCAGCCGGCGGAUGUGGAGGCGCAAGGACAGAGCUCGGCAGCGUCCGUCGCGGUUCCACGGAAGCGUGGCCGUCCGCGCAAACACCCGCUGCCCACACCGGGCGGUCAAGCCAAAGUGACCAAAGGCCGCUCCAAGACGGGCUGCAUCACUUGCCGUCGGAGAAAGAAGAAGUGUGACGAGACCAAGCCAGCAUGUCUGAACUGUCAGAAGAAUGCGGUCGUCUGCGAAGGGUAUCCACCCAAGGAGAUCUGGAAGAGUGGUCGACAAAGAAUGGCCGAUGCGGCCCGCACCCAAUCCAUGGCAGUCGUCCCCCGAGGUCUGCCCUUGCUCAUCGAUGGCAUUGAAACAGAAAUCGACCGUCGGUUUCUUGACCACUUUGUGUACGGCUUCAGUCGGGUUCUGACCCUCAUCAACGACGACUCCAAUCCUUUCAAGGAGAUUCUGCUGCCCAUGGCCACUCAACAUCGAGGACUGAUGCACUCCUUGAUGUGUUUGUCAGGAUCACAUCUAUCCGGACUGGAUCCGGAACCGAAGCUGAAAGAACGGAAAUAUCACCACUUCCAUCGCGCCAUCCAAGACCUCAAAGACAAUAUCACCGUAAGGUCAUCACGAACCACGGGUGUCAGCGAGGACACGGAAGCGGCACCCGAUACCCACCAAGAGGAGGAACUUCUCGUUGAAGAUCCGAUCAUCGCUUCCACCAUCGCGCUCAGCUUGAAUACAAUCUGCGAAGGUGAAACCAACGGCGAGUACCGUCCUCAUAUGGAUGCGGCUCGGUACCUGCUACUCUCGCAGCAGCCGCGGAAUGAGAAAUUCCGCCAAUUUAUCGUGGAGUUUUUCCAAUAUCAUGACAUUUCAAAUGCCUUGACCUCAUUGGAUCGUCGGCCCGCGAUGAUGCAGGAGGGGCUGCGGUUACCUGAUUUCGUGCCGGGAGCUCAAGCGGGAAAUUUCCUCGGCGUCUUUGAUGGACUGUUCAAUUACAUCUCGCAGAUCACCCAGCUGCGAGAUCGGAUCCGACAACGGUUCAACGAGGGUUAUGAGCCGGCGGUGGAUUACCAGACCCUGAGCGAGGCGGUCCAGAUCGACACGGCCAUUCGGACGUGGAGAACCUCGCACGAUGAAGAGACUCCGAACUGGUAUUUGGCCCAACUGUAUCGGCAAUCCACUUGGGUGUAUCUCUACCGGACGAUUCGACCUUCACGACCGAGUGAAAAAAUUUCACAGGUGGUGGAAGAUGGACUGGCGUACUUGGACUUGCUCCCUCAAGAUGCGGGCGCCUAUAGCAUUGUAUUGAUGCCUCUUUUCUUACUCGGCUGUUCGGCCUUUGUGCCGAAGCAGCGAGAGCGUAUCGCCCAAGGAUUUGAAACCCUGAAAUCCUACUCCAACCUUCGCAACAUCGAGCCGGCCUUUCAGGUCGUCUCGCGUGUGUGGGAAGUCAUGGACACCAAGACGGAGGACAGUUGGGAUUGGGAGAAGAUCAUCCAGGAGAUGAAUAUGGACUUUUUGAUCACUUGA